UGUUUGGCUUUCGUUGGUUGAAGUCGGUCAUCAGGCAAAUUGUAUGCAUACAGUGAAUUCCAUUGUAUGUACAGUACAUAAAAUAUAUAAAUUAAUUGUUUGAAUUUAAUCUUCAGAUUGGUGAAAUAAACUUGUGUCGACGGAUUUCAUUUUAAAAAAACCGCAGACAAUCAACGAAACAAUAAUAAUGAUAAGAAAAAUGCAGAUUUGAUGUGUGAAAUCAUUUAUAAAUCAUCGUACUCGAAUAAAGUUCUCUAAUAAAAAUCAACGAAAAGAUAUAAUGUUCAUCACUGUGUGCUUAAUUUCAUUACUUAUACCCAUUGGAUUAUCAUCAGCAGGAAGCCGAACUGAACUUACGAUAUCUGAAUGUGCAGCGAGAGGUGGAGAGUGUGAUGAAUCAAAAGGUAGACCAGUAUGCGGAACAGAUAAUCAAACAUAUCCAACACGUUGUCAUUUAAUUAGAGCACAAUGUAGUGGCCAUCAAGUCAGCCUAAAGCACCGAGGUUCUUGUAAAGAAUGCCUCGAGUCAAGAUCAUAUGCCAUUGCACAUCAAUCGUCAACACAAAAUAAAUUCGUUCCACGAUGUCGAUCGGAUGGUAGUUAUGCAGCCGUUCAAUGUAUGCUGGGCGCUGGCUGUUGGUGCUCGGAUGGUCAAGGAAAACCUAUUCCGAAUACAACGACACGAAACGGCAAACCGAAUUGCUCAAAAAAGAGCAAGACAAACAUUCGACGUUCGCCUCUUCGCAAUGUCAAUCAACGCAACAAGCGCGGAUGCACCCGAGCCGACCAAGGCCAAUUCAAUACAAAUUUGAUAAAAGUUUUCCACACGGAACACAAUCGCUUUCUGGCUCAGAAUAAGCAUCUGAGUCCGGGCACAUCGGUUACGGAUAAAAUUGUUUUGGACUGGAAAUUUACGAUUCUGGACACGAAUGAGAAUCAUUUACUCGAUAAGAUUGAGUACAGGGAAUUGAAAAGGCUCGUGAAAAAGGUUGUUAAACCGAAACGAUGCGCACGUGCAUUUGGUAAAUUUUGUGAUAUUGACCACGAUGAGCGACUUUCCCGUCAGGAAUGGUCAAAUUGUUUAUCAAAAGAUGGAAUCAACUACGAAGAAAAUCAAACACAUGGUGUGUCAAAUGGUGGUGAUAGUGGCGCCAAUCUGAGUACCGAUUCACAUUUCGACGAUUAUGACGAUGUUGAAUAUGAAGACGAAUCAGAUGAAUACAAUGGUGGUGGUAUCAUCAGUCACAAAUACGGAAAUUCACUUAGACCUCGUCCAUAUAAUUCACCUGGCACGCCCUAUACACCUGUUUAUUUGUUACGAUCGAAAGCGAUAAAAGACCCAGAUCCAGUUGUUCGAGAAACAGAGAGUGAUUCGGAUUGCCUAGCAGAUCGUGCUGUAGCAUUGGAUGAUCAAAAGAACGGUGCCCAAGCUUUGUACGUACCAGAAUGUACAGCCGAUGGACGUUAUCAACGCGUACAAUGUUAUCGAUCGGCCGGGUACUGCUGGUGUGUCCACGAAGAUACCGGAAAAAAUAUACCAGGAACGUCGAUCAAAGACGGACGACCGGACUGUGCAAAUAACUCGAGUCGGCCUAUGAAAGGAUGUCCGGAACCGAAAAAAUUGGAAUUCUUGAAGGAACUAAAAGACUUCUUACGAAGUCAAAUCAACUCGAACGCUAACUCUGGCAGCGCAAAUGCAACGAAAUGGGCGAGUGAAGAUGAAAAAGUUGCAACGUUAAGUUUCGUAUUGUUGGACAAAAAUAAGAACAAAGUAUGGGAACGAAAAGAAUGGAAAACAUUUAGAGAUCUUGUCACAGCAGCUAGAGCUCUACGAAAAUGCGGUAAAAAGAUGCCACGAUAUUGUGAUGUGAAUAAUGACAAGAAGAUAACGCUGUCCGAAUGGUUGAAUUGUCUGAAUGCUCAUGGAAGUGCAAAGGAAGCUACAAAAACUUCAACGAACGAGAUAAAACCCACUUCGCAAACGUCCAAGCUCAAGGGACCCAAUCCAUUGGAAUCGUAUUUGAAGAGUGACUAGAAUACAUUUUUGUUGAUCAAUUUUAAUGAAUUUUGUGAUGGUGUCACAUGUUGUCGUUGUUUAUGAGGGGAUAAUUGAAUAAUGGAACAAUGGAAUACACGUCCCUGGGUUAAACAGCUAAGUUAAGAUUCUAAUAAUAUUUACGUUGACUAAAAAACAAACUUGAUAAAUCGAAAAGCUCUUUAUGUUAAAGAAUAUAUUUCUUUGCCAUUUUCUUUAAAGAAAAUGCGUAGGAAAAACCAGUAAAAUAUUAUAUUUAUUUAAUUUCCUUUUUUAUUUAUUUAAAAGAAAAAAAACGAUGGCAAUUUUUCGAAACAAAUUCAAAUUUUCUUUGUAUUACUUGUAUAGUUAUCACAUUUAUAUAGUUAUACUCAACAUUUUUUUGGUGAAAAACGAAAACGUUAAACAAUUUGAAGCUCAUUUUUCGAAAUUCGCAUGUGAAAGGACACAUCGAUGAUAUUUUAUUUUCUGUGUUUAAAAUUGCAGCAGAUAUUUUUUUCUCUACAUUUCCAUAACAUUCACCAGCAACAUUCUAUAAUAACAAAGAUAAUAAUCUGAUGAGUAAAUUAUGAUCAAAUUUUCGUAUAAAUUAAACUAUAAUUUCUGCCCAAAUAAUUAUUUUUUUUGUAUUUAAGAGUUUAAUGUGCAUGUGCCAACUUAUUUUUUAUGUAUUUUUCUCUCGAAAAUUAUUUUUGUAUUUUAGAUAAACAAAAGUGCGUGUGAUAUAAAUGAUAUUAUGUAAAAUUCGUUUAAAAUGCAAUGGAAAUAAAUUUUUUGCGCUUAAAGAAA